CGUGGCUCACCCUCUGGUUCCCGGUCCCCUCCAGCGGUCCAUCCAGGAGGCUCCUUCUCCAGCCAGGGACGCACAGAUCCCGGGUGGAAACAGCAGCGACAGCAGGGCGGAGGACGGAGGACACUCAGACUCUGAAGACGCACAUGUCACUCUACCGGAAUUAAAGCUGGAGGACAUCUUCAUCGCGGUGAAAACCACCGGGAGGUUCCACGAGACGCGGCUCGCGCUCUUGUUGGAGACGUGGAUCUCCAGAACCAAAGCGCAUACGUUCAUUUUCACAGACACGGAGGAUGAGGAUUUGCAUUCAGAAGGUUACAACAUGGUGGUCACAGCCUGCCAGUCGGACCACAGCCAGCAGGCUCUGUCCUGCAAGAUGUCCGCCGAGUACGACGGCUUCAUGGCCUCAGAAAAGAGGUGGUUUUGUCACGUGGACGAUGAUAACUACGUGAACCCGGAGGCUCUCCUCUCUCUGCUCUCAGUCUUCCCCCAGGACGGAGACAUCUACGUGGGCAAACCGAGCCUCGACAAGCCCAUCACUGCUCACGAACUGCUGGAGGGAAACGCAACGAGAGAGGUGAGGUUCUGGUUCGCUACAGGAGGAGCCGGGUUCUGUCUGAGUCGCAGGCUGGCGGAGAAGAUGGCUCCGUGGGCCGGCGGCUCGCGGUUCGAGCAGACGUCGGCGAGGAUCCGUCUCCCUGACGACUGCACGGUGGGCUUCAUCGUGGAGAAGAUGCUCGGCGUCUCCAUGGUCCACUGUCCGCUGUUCCACUCUCACCUGGAGAACCUGCUGCUCAUCAGCCACAGGAGCAUACAGCACCAGGUGACACUGAGCUAUGGGAUGUUUGAGAACAAGAUGAUCAGCAUCGAGGUGAAAGGAAGUUUCUCUAAAGACAAAGACCCCUCCAGGUUUAAGACCGUCCAUUGCAAGCUGUAUCCUUUCACCAGCUGGUGUCCUUGAGAGAACUCCAACUUCCCAACACACAGGGGAAACCAUGGCUAAUCCAGCUGAGUGAAGUACUUUAACUGGGAUUGGUCUGAAGCAUUUGAUUUGAUGGAACAAUUUGAAAUGCAGAAACCAGAAUUCAAGACUCUGAAACUAGAGAUGAGCUUCGGACGGAAAAUCUGGUUUCUCUGGACAUGCUUAAAAAAGAUCAGAUGGACACUUGUGGACUUGCAAGAAAGGAUCUUGAUAAUAUCAUCUGAGUUACAAACACACAGGUUUAUGGCGAUUAUUUGUGUCUUUACUAUGUUUUGUUUGUCUGGAACAUUUGAUCUGUGAUUAAGAGAAGCACUUAAGACAAAGCAGCACUUCAGAUUUUUACUGGAACUCCAUCCCGUAUUGUUUUGUUUACAAAAAUGUACAUAUUUUUAAAAAUGUACUCACAUUUCUAUUAUUAAAACUAGAUUUCUAUAUUUGGUUUGUUUCACAUUUCGUGAUGGUUUAAACUACACGGACUGAAGCUACAUCUCCUGAAGGGCCGUCAGGUUUUGAGGAGGUAGAUUUGCUGAAUUUAUUUGACUUUUUUCUUGGCCUUGUCUUUUCUGUGGUCCGAUAAACAGUAAAUGUAUUAAAUUCAGUGCAGCUAAGCUACUAGCUGUCAUAGGCAUUUUCUAUCAGGAUCAAUCCAUGUUUAUUUAUAUAGCCCAAUAUCACAGUGUGUACAGAAUAUCAGUAUGACAAUACGACACCCUCUGUCCUUAGACCCUCUGUCCUUAGACCCUCACAUCGUACAAGGAAACACUUCCAGAGAAAACCCACAGUUUAAAGGGAACAUGGGAGAAACCUCAGGGAGAUAAAAACGUAAUUACAAGAGAUGUGACUUAGCCUGUGUGUGUGUGUGUGUGUGUGUGUGUGUGUGUGUGUGUGUGUGUGUGUGUGUGUGUGUGUGUGUGUGUGUGUGUGUGUGUGUGUGUGUGUGUGUGAAAUAUUCCCAUGUACUGCUCUGUGUAUUUGUUUCUGUGCAAACAUGUUGCAUUUUGAGGAUUUGUUUCUAUUCCCGAGUGAAUAAUGACUUGUUUCUGGAUUGACGUGAGAAGUAUCAAGACUUACGAGAAGAUACACAGACACACAAAUAACCCCUUUUCAACUGAAAGGAAAAAUACUUCAUUGCAGGUUUAAUGCCUCAAAUUAACACCCAUUAGAUACGUUUGACCCAUCUUCCCUUUCAUCGUUCGUAGCAACAAGGAAUGGGGUUUUGUUUAAAAACACCAAUAUGUACUUUUGGUUCCCUAAAUAUGCAUAAUUACACGUGCGUGUGUGUGUGUGUUUCUUCCACCCUCCAUCUGUCUCUCUGUUUACUCAGUCAUGUCCAUAUUGGCUGCUGUCUCCUUCAAAGCCACUGCUGAAAGUGAAAUGAACUUCCACUCAUUUUUAACCUUGAUUAAAAACAACAACAAACUAGAGUGAAAGCACAAAGAAGAUCACAACUGACUCCAUUAAAACCUGAUCCCCACUAUGCCAACAAGGAAAACACGAUCAGAUGAUGUCAAAUAGAUCCAUAAAAUCAGACGUUAAAUGAAUAAUAAUGUUAUUUGGAGGCGCUGUUUUCCGGGCAAAAAGUCAGAAUUCUGAGAUUUUUCGAAAAAAGCCAUUAUGAUGUGAAAUGGACCCAUAGUUGUUCGUAUGUAAAAUAAUAAUGGACUGCAAGGUCUAAACCGAAAUAUAACUUCAUAAGAACAAAAAUAAAUGAAGGUCAGUUAAGACCUUCAUCAAAUGAAUGGUUAGGAAACAUCACAAACGAUUGUAUUUCUAAUGAGAAACAGAAAUGACGGGUUUGACCACCUGACUGAAAUAACACGGGGAAACGAAAGCUGAAGGGAAGACUAAACGUGUGUUAUGAAUGAUGA